AUGCCUCUGCUCCGCCCCUCCGCUCCCGCUCUCCGGAGCCUCGCGCGCGCCCAGAAGCUCCCGCACGUUCAGAAGCUCGCAUACUCCGUCGCGGCACCUCCGACCUCGCCGUUCGCGCCGCGCCAUCUGCUCUCGAUAGCGGACCUGACGCCCGCGGAGCUUACGACCCUCGUGCGCAAUGCCGAUGCGCACAGACAGGCCAUCAAGUCGGGCAGCACGCCCAAGAGCCUGGCGGGCGCGCUGGCGGGCAAGACCAUCGCCAUGACCUUCAGCAAGCGCAGCACGCGGACGCGGGUCUCGACCGAGGGCGCCGUGGUCGCCAUGGGCGGCCACCCCAUGUUCCUGGGCAAAGACGACAUCCAGCUGGGCGUCAACGAGUCGCUCUACGACACCGCCGUCGUGAUCUCCAGCAUGGUGUCUGGCAUCGUCGCCCGCGUGGGCCCCCACUCCGACGUCGCGGACCUCGCGAAACACUCCAGCGUCCCCGUCAUCAACGCCCUCUCGGACCUUUACCACCCCCUCCAAACCAUCGCCGACUUCCUCACCGUGCACACGGCCUUCCCCUCCGCCGCGAACACCAGCAGUAGCAACACGCUCGGCCUGGAGGGCCUCAAGCUCGCCUGGGUCGGCGACGCCAACAACGUCCUCUUCGACCUCGCCAUUGGCGCCGCGAAGCUCGGCGUCGACCUCGCUGUCGCUACCCCCGCCGGCUACGAGAUCCCUGCCGCCAUGCGCCAGGUGAUAGCCAAUGCGGCGGCGGGCGCGCCCAAGCCGGGCAAGCUGCUCGAGACGCGCGUGCCCGAGGAAGCUGUCAAGGGCGCCGAUGUCCUCGUCACUGAUACCUGGGUCAGCAUGGGCCAGGAGGAGGAGAAGGCCCGCCGCCUCAAGGCCUUUGAGGGCUUCCAGAUCACGUCAGAGCUGGCGAAGCGCGGUGGUGCCAAGGACGGCUGGAGGUUCAUGCACUGCUUGCCUCGCAAGCCCGAGGAGGUCAGCGACGAGGUCUUCUACUCCAACAGGAGUCUCGUCUUCCCUGAGGCGGAGAACAGGCUGUGGGCUGCCAUCUCGGCCAUUGAGGCUUUCGUCGUCAACAAGGGCAAGAUCCAAUGA